UACAAAUGCAAAAACAUUUAACUGUAGCCUUUGCAAUGAUACAGGAGAAUAUCGAACUGCAUCCUGCUUCUGUACUUCUUGUAAGAUAGCUGAACCAUUGUGUGAUGUAUGCGGCAGACAUCACAUUAGACAGAAAAUUUUCCGUGACCAUUCACUGUCUACUGAUAUGGAAGCUUUUGUUUCUAUUUCAAAAAACAAUACCAUUAACUGCGAGUUGUGUCUUCGUGAUGGCGAGCACAAGUCUGCUAGUUCGUUCUGUUUGACUUGCGAAGAAAUAGAAGCACUUUGCGAAGAUUGUGCGGCUCAACAUAUUAAACAAAGAGCAUUCAGAAAUCACCAGAUCAGCAAUGAUAUAGCAAAGUUACUUCAAAAGGAGAAACUCUUGUGCGAGCCCUGUGCUUCUGAAGGAGGUAAAACUCCAGCCGAUUCCUUUUGUAAAGACUGCGAUGAACCGGAACCUUUGUGCUUGAAUUGCUCACGUGAACACGUCAAACAACGGCUAUUUAGAGACCAUUCAAUUUGUGACGAUAUAAGUCAACUUCCAGUGAAGUCAAAUGAGAAUAUUGGUGCAUUAUGCAGUAUAUGUAAGGAAAAAUGCACAGAUUCCAAAGCUAGUUGCUUCUGUAAUGAUUGCGAUGACCAAGAACCUUUGUGCCCAGAAUGUGCCCGACAGCAUUUGAAGAUUUUCCGAGGACAUAAGCUCUGUAAUGAUUUAUCACUUUUAAGAAAAUUUUUGAAAGAAGUUUUUUGCGAAAUUUGCAAGAUAGAUAGAAAGGACGUACCAGCUGAUGCAUAUUGCACAGAUUGUUCAGAUCUCCUGCCAUUGUGUAAUGAUUGUGCUGGUCAUCACAUCAAACAAAAGCAAUUCCGAAAUCAUAAAAUUAACACAGAUGUUUCUGUCUUGAUUAAAUUUCAAAAACAAAAUUAUGCAGCAUGCGAUAUCUGUAAGAUCGAUGGAAAAGAUACAAAAGCUUCAAAGUAUUGCAUUGAUUGUGAUGAGCACCUGUGUACAAAAUGCGUAGAAACACAUCUGAAAUUCAGCCCUAACCAUGAAAUCACUCAUUAUUUUGGAAACAGCUUUUUGUGUGAACCUUGCAAAAGGGAAAAUAAAAGUGUAUCAGCGGAUUCCGUUUGUGAAAAUUGCGAGGAAUCCAUGUGCAAAACAUGUUCAGAACAGCAUCUCAAACAAAAACCAUUUAGAGGCCAUGUUAUUUCCUCGUGUAUGAUGAAAAAUUUCAGACACAAAUCGAAAAGAGAAAAUGUUGAAGAUAAUCCUUCACAAACACUGGAUAACAGAGACGUUCCAGAGAAAAGCAAAGACAAAGAACCUGUCGAAACAAAGAAAAGGAUACGGGGUAAACCAAGUGUAUUAAGUAUGAAGUCUGAUUCCGUGGAGCUGUGUUGGGAAACAUUGGAGGAGGAAAUAGAUCAUUAUCAAAUCAGAUAUAAAAGCCAAAAGGAUGAUGAUAAUUGGAAGUUUUGCAAUACAAAUAACACAACGAAUAAAUUCACUGUAAGUGGACUCACAGCUGAUACCCAAUACGUAUUCCAAGUCCGUAGUGUUGCCAAUGACGUGGAAGGAGAUUACAGUGAACAAAGCGAUCCCAUCAAUACACCCAAAUCCUUAGCAACAAAAAUGCUUAGUUUCUCUAUCAAAAUUCCAAGUACGAAUCCCGUAUUAUACCAAUUAGCAGCCGAAGAAAAUAGAGAAGCCUGCAAUAUCAAUACAAAGACUAUGCAGUUAGCUCUAGGAAACCCUCAAAUUGGAAAUAAAUGUGAAAAAACAAUUAUGCUUGUUGGUGCGACAGGUUCGGGAAAAAGCACGCUUGUGGACGGUAUCAUCAACUAUAUUUUGGGCGUCAGUUUUGAGGACCCUUUUAGAUUCACGCUGGUAAACAAGGAGCAUGACGAAAAGAAGACACAAAAUCAUGCAGAGCCUCAAAAAGAGUGGAUCACCGUAUACAAGAUCCAUCCACAAGAAGGAAGUCGACUGGACUACACUCUCAACGUUGUAGACACCCCAGGGUUUGGAGAUACCCGAGGAGUCGAGAGAGACAAAGCUAUUAUUGAUCAAAUAAGACUUUUCUUUACAGCUGGAAGCACACAAGGCAUAGCAUUCAUAGAUGCUGUUUGUUUAAUUGCCAAAGCCCCUGAGGCACGUCUAACAGUUAACCAGUCAUAUAUUUUUCAUUCGAUAAUGUCAAUGUUUGGAAAAGAUAUUCAGUCGAAUACUUGUACACUGAUAACUUUUGCUGACGGAAAAGAGCCUCCUGUUCUCUCCUGUCUAAAAGCAGCCGAUCUUCCCUUUGGAUUCUGGUUUCCUUUUAAUAAUUCUGCUUUAUUUGCAAGCAAUAAGAAUUUACCGAAGUCUUCUCUAUCUGCUUUGUUUUGGGAAAUGGGUUGUAAAAGUUUACAAAUUUUUUUUGAAAAAAUUAAAUCAUUUGAAAAAAAGAGCCUUAUGCAAACCAAAAACGUACUAAAACAAAGGGAGCACCUGCUGUCGGUUUUAACAAAUAUUAAACCCCAGGUCAAUGCGGGUCUACUUAAACUUAAUGAAUUACAAAAUACAUUAUGGCUUUUCAAAAAGCAUCAAAAUGAUAUGGAAAGUAACAAGGAUUUUACAUAUGAAGCAGAAAUAACGAAACAGGUAAGACUUGAAUUACCUGUCGGCCAAUACGUUAUGCAUUGUCUGAAUUGUAACAUAUGUUGUCAUGACAACUGUCCAUUUGGUGAUGACCAAAAGAGUCGUUGCUCGGAACUGGAUUCUACAGGUAAUUGUCAGGUUUGCAGUAGUAAGUGUCACUGGAGCCAGCACAAAAACUCUAAGUAUAUCUUUAAAUAUGUCACAGAGAAAAAAACAGAAACUUACCAAGAAAAGAAAAAACUUUAUGAAAAAGCAAAAGGAGAAAAAAUGAAAAGUGAAAAAUAUUUGAAGGAAAUUGAAGCUGAUAUAGAUUGUCUUUUUGACACAAUUAACAAAAUGAUGGACGAUAUGGCGACGUGUAAAAAUGGGUUGAAAGAAAUUGCUUUAAGACCUGACCCUCUCUCAACCGUUGAACACAUUGACCAGAUGAUACAAACUGAGGAAAUCAAUAAGAAAAUGGGCUAUGAACGAAGAAUAAAGAUGCUUAAUAAAUUCAAGCAAUUAGCCCAAACUGAUCAAACAGUUGAAAGCUUGAGACAAACUUUCCUUAAAGUUAAAGAUGAUAUAUUCAAAACAACUGGUAACAAGGCUCGAAAGGGAGUUUUGCUUUCUGGAUUUGAUAGAUUUAAAUCUGCGUUUAACAUGUAAUUUAUACAUCAUAAAAAGACAUGUAAUUAAUUUUAUAAACAGGUACUUAAGCAAAGCAUACAUAGGUACUUUGUAGUAAUUUUAUCUUUCCAUUAACAUCCACUUUCUCCUUAAUUUGUCUAACUUGAAAACACUGUUUGAAAAUUGUUUAAAGAAUACCAUUUUUUACAAAUCAAUAUUGACGGUUUGGUAAUAUGUUGAUAAUGAUUUUUGAAAGUUCCUUUUUUUAGGAUUCACGGUACAUGUAGCUCAGUCGGUAGAGGGCUUGCUCCGUGAUAAAGAGGUUGUGGCUGCGACUGACUUAAGUUGGUAAAAUGAUUAGAGACUUUCCUUCCCCCCCCCCCCCCCCCCAUGUAAUCGGCACUUGAAGUGAAUUGUUUCGGUUGUUCGGAAAGACCUUAAAAACAGAGUUUCUGUUUCACCUCAAUCGUUGGCACGAUAAAGAACCCGCACUGUUCAAUGUGCCUCAGUGCUUAGUAAAGGAUAAAAUCUUUAGGUCUUUAUCCGAUAUAUAGUGACGUCUUUAUUUAAUUACUUGAGUGAAAUAAUUCUUGAAUUAGAUAUAAAACGAUAUAAAAUCAAUCAAUCAUUCAAUCUUUUUUCAGGAACAGUUAUUUUAUGAAAGCAUCACCAGA